CUGAUUCUUUGAUCCGUUUUUGUUUUUGUCUCAGGUUCUAACUUCUAAGAUGCAUAGACAUAGAUUGUACAUGUCUUUGUAUAUAUAAUUUUGGUUUUUGGCGUUGGUGAAAUUAGGUAACAGAGAGAAAUAGGCAUAUGAUUAUGAGUUGAGUUAAUUGUGGACAUGAUCUUACUUACUGCAUGGACUUUGUAAUUUGGAGAGAUGAAAUUCAACAUUUUCCGGCCAUCACUUUGGCAGCUUUCAAAUUUGAAGCUUUUCAUAGAUUACAAUUAAUUUGCCAUCUAGACUUGUUCUGCUAAUUCAUUACAAUUACCUAUGAUGAAGUAAUAGUUUUUCAAGUUGGUUGUGUUAAUUGAAGUUCUGAUCAGUUUUAGUUGAAUUUAUAAAUUAGACUCCCUAUUGGUUCGUGCUUAAUUAUCAAUUUGGUAAUGGUGGAGGGUCUAAUGAUAUAUGAACAUUCUCUAAAGUAAAUCCGUUCAGAUGACGUAUCUUAAUUGUAAGAAAAUCCGUUCAGAUGUGAUUGUAUUAGGUAAUCAAACAUAUUUCCCUUUUGGUUAAACGUAUGGUCAAAUCUCAGCUCUUUGACCAUGUUCAAUGAUAUCUGAUAUGGUCAGAAGAAAAGGAAAAAAAUCAAAACGUAUCAAGGCACUUAUAACAACAUCCUAAGCUAAUCCUGUAUAUAGGGAUGACUGACGCCUUCAGUUUCACAUAUCUGAAACCCUUUGAUCCUGCAAAGAUGAAGAACAAAUCAAUAUACGUAGCCGCUCUCUUCUUUCUCAUCCAAUCUGUGUUUCUUCCAAUAGGCCAUGGUGAUGCCAAUCUCAUUGAACAAACAUGCAGACAAACACCAGAUAGGAAUCUCUGUGUCUCUUCCCUGAAAGCCGACCCUCGCAGCGCCACCGCAGAUGUCACAGGCUUGGCUCUCAUAAUGGUAGAUGUUGUCAAGAACAAAGCAACCCUAUGUGCGAACAGAAUCAAUGACUUGCUCAAGCAGAAGCCUGGAGAUCAAGCCUUGAGUUCUUGCAAGAGCGACUACAAUGCAGUUUUAAUUGCUGAUGUCCCAGUUGCAGUUGAAGCUUUAACCAAAGGUGACCCUAAGUUUGCAGAACAAAGCAUGGACGACACCGCCAUUGAGGCCAAGUCAUGUGAGGAUGGCUUUAAAGGGCGUUCUCCUAUGACAGAUUUAAACAACGCUUCUCAGAAAUUUGCAGCUGUGGCUGCGGCAAUUGUGAGACUAUUGCUAUGAUAUGUAACCUAGCUAGCUGGCUAGCUUGUUUGA